AUGGCCAGAGCAGAGCUGGGGCACUUGGCCGCGCGGUUGGAGCGCGUAGAGCAGAUGCUGGGUGAGGCGUCCGAGGACGGGGACGUGGGGAGUAAGGUCCGGGAGCUGAUGAGGCAGCUGCAGGGCCUGUGUGAGCGCGGGCUGCAGUUCAACGAGCAGAUGGGCGUCUACCUGCAGCAGUUCCUGGGCGACGGCGGGCAGCCGGGGGACGGGCGCGAGGUGGCGGCGGUGGUGGAGACGUGCCACGAGGAGCUACAGCAGCUGGUGGCGGGGCUGCAGGCGCUGGAGCUGCGCUGCCACGAUGGGUUUGGCGCGGUGGUGGCCGGGUGUGGGACGCUGGGCAGCGGGGCCAUAGACGGCGGGGCGGUGGACGCGCUGUGGCAGCGAUGCAACGCGCUUGUGGCGAGGUCUGCGCACGUGACCGCGCGGUUUCUGCGGCUGGCGCGGGCGCGCAAUGAGGUGGGCUGCGCGGUGGCAGAGCGGCUGCGCGCGGUGGAGCGGGCUGCGCAGAGCCCGCAGUAG